GGUCCGUUGGAACCUGGUGUCUGGCAGUUACUGAAGGAGCUUUGUGGGGCAAAGGGUACCCAGGAACCACCUGGGGCCCUUAACCCCCAGAGCAGCCAACAUUGUGUGCCGAGGCCUUUGUACCAAGGACACAGGACUUCUGUGACCGACAGAGUGAUCCAACAUGGAGACGGACAAUCCCCCACAGUUGGUGACCCCCGCAUCGGUGAAAGCCAUCAUCUCGAAGAUUGAGGCUGCCCAGCUAACUCGGGCCCAGGAGGAUAUUUCUACUCAGCUCUCAGACAUCUUGGACAAUGUCAAUUGUGUCAUCAACCGUUUCCAGGAAGAAUUAGGAUAUGAUUUAAAAGAGAAGGCAAAAUCUCAUCAGAGAGAGCAAAAGGGCGCGAAGAGAUUCAUCUUGCUGGAGAAAAUUGCCUCCUUCUCCCAAGAUGCUAAGACGAGAGAGAAGCACCUGUAUGACAUUCUCCGCUGGCUGGGUGACUGGGGUGACAGCCUGACCUAUGAGAUCGGGAACAGGAGGAGUGAGGAAGAAGAAGCAGCCCUGGACGAAUGGGUUGAUGUGAUGGAGAAAGUGUUACCUCUCUCCCUCAUCGCCACCAAAGGCGGCAUUGAGUCUCUUGUUUCUCUUUGCUCCACUCUCAUUGAAGAACAGAAGAAAAGGGCACAAAUGUCCAAACACACCUUCUGGCAGGGCUGGCGGGAGAAUGGCACACAAAACCUGACAGCCCACCCUCAGCCACUGAGCCCAGAGCAGAUGCUCCAGGACAAGCACACCACCUGUACGAAGGUCUCCGAGGUGAAGUCUAUGCUGCAGGAGCUCCUGGACUCCACCAUGUUCAACAAGGGGGAGGUCAGGGCCAUCAGGUAUAUGUCCACUGUGUUAGAGAACCUCAACAAGGCCUUGAUCCUCCAGCACAGGGAGAACAGGACCCUGGAGACCAAAUACAGGUACCUGCAAAUAGAGAUGACCAAAGAGCUCAGCAGCCAGAGGCUGUACUUCCAGAAGAACAUUCAAGUCCUCGAGAGCAAGAGGGAUGCUCUGCUAAAGCAGGUAGAACUUCUGGGGGGAAAGUAUCAUGACCUGCUCCUGAUAAAGCAUGCCUUAGAGUUCCAGCUAAAGAAGGCUCAGACUGCUCAAGGUCGAGCAGAAGACUCAGACAAGAUUUUUGUUGACUCCCUGACACCCCCUGAAAAAGAGACCCUCCCAAAGAAAGAAAGAGUUGUGGAGGAAACCCAACAGGAACCCAAAGAGUUGUAUUCACCACUUUCCCCAAGCCCCCUGGCCACAGCCUGGGACAGUGCUGCUACUGCCCCAGCGUAUCAGCUACUUUCCACAAUGACCACGCAUUCGAGGAUCGCAGACAUGUUUACCAGCAAGGACACUGAAAGCCUUGAGCCUGUGUUGCUGUCCCCAGAGGAUUGCAAGUUUGCUAAGGAAUUGGAAGGACUGGAGGCAGAAGACAAAGACAAAGACCAGGAGGACUACUUGCAGGAGAAGGAAGGAUUCCAAAUUAAGUUGCACCUUAGGAAGCAGCCACCCUCAGAGAGCUAUAGGAAGGUACCCUCAGACAGCCCCAGGGAGCACCAGGUGGAGGAGCUCAGCUGGGAGAAGCGGAGGCAGCAGUGGCUGGAGGAGGAGGAGAUGUGGCUGCAGCGGCAGAAGAAGUGGGCACUGUUGGAGCAGGAGCACCAGGAGAAGCUGAGGCAGUGGGAGAUGGAGGUGGUGGCGAGGGAGCAGCGGCAGAGAUACAUCCAGCCAGAAAAGAAGCGCGAGGGCCCUAGGAGAGAGUUGGGACAGCCGAGGGAAGACUUGGAGAGGAUGAUCUUCACGACCACCAGUCGAUGGAGGAACUUGGAGAAGGCGGAGCCACUGCUGGUGCCUCCCCAAAGCCGGGCCCAGUCUGCUUGCUCAGGGAGGAGGCCAUACUUGCCCAGGUCCCCUCAUCCCCAGCAGCCCACCCUGGGAAAUCAGAGGACCAUAAGUUCAGCCAAGUUUACCCAGAAACCACGAGCCCACCAGGUUCCCACAAAACCCAAGAAAUCCUCUUCCUUUCCCAUCACUGGGACAUCUAUCCGAAGGGUGACCCGACCCUCUUUGCGGACAUCCCCAACAACUCUUAAGGAGAAGGUGUACCACAUGGACAUGGAGGCCCAAAGGAAGAAUCUGCAGCUACUGAAUGAGGAAUCUGGGCUGAGGCUGCCCCACUCCCUGCGCAGCAAGGCCCUGGAACUCACCACCACCACCAUGGAGCUGAGCGCACGCAGGCUGCAGUACCUGUGCCGCAAGUACCUCCUCUCCAGACAUUUCCAGAGCCUCCGACAAGAGGUGAUUAACCACAUCCAAGUCUUGCGAGAAAAGGGAGUUACUAACAAGGCCCAGAACCUCUACGUCUUCCUGGAAAACAUUGAACGCCUGCAGAACCUCAGGCUGCAGGACUGGACAGACAAGCAGAAGGACCUGGAGGAGAAGCGCCGGGAGUGCAUGAGCAGCAUGGUGACCAUGUUCCCCAAGCUCCAGCUGGAGUGGAACAUUCACUUGAACACCCCUGUGGUCACCUCCCCAAAGACAAAGAGAUGCAAGUCGCCUCCAGUCCUACCUCGGCGCAUCUGCUCUAGCAGCUCCACCUGCAAGCAGCCCCUUCCAUCCAAGCAGCUGGAAUGUGUGCCCCUGCAGAUGGCCCGCCAACAAGGGAACCAAAUGGAGGCCAUCUGGAAGACUGACGUGGCCUCCUCCAGUCAUCCAAUAGAGAAAAAGACCCCUGCCAGCCUGCUCUGGGACCAGCUAGGGGGACAUCCAGAUAUUCCCCGGCUGCUGGCAUUGGAUGUGGAUUCCUCCUACCAGAAAAGUUUGAUGUCCCUCAGGGCCCGUGCCUCUGCGAAACAAAGAAAGGAAUGCCAGGACCCCACAGAUAAGUCAGCUGAGCUUGUUCGCAAAAAGUCAAGCGAAUCACUCCCUGGAGCCCUAAAGAGCCAGAAGGAACGCACCAGCUUCAGUCCCUACUCCAUUCCUUAGCUAGCGAUUCUCAAACUUCAGAGUGACAAACUCACACGGUAAUUUGUUCAAAUGCGGGUUCCCAGAUGGUGCUUUUAAACAGACACUCUGGGGUUGCUAAAUAGUCCUAGAACUUUGAGAAACAUUACUUUCCUCUUCAGUCCCUAAACUGUACAUUUUUAAAUAAAA